AAAGGACAUUUACAUAUUUACAUAGUAGGAAUUUAUUGAUGUUUAAUUGUAUUGAAAACGAAUACAGAAUUUUCCUCUAUAAUGCUAUAAAUUUAUAUUUUGAAUUAAGACGAAAAAUCUAAUUCUUAACAACACGGGUUAAUAAUAAAAAGAUGACUGUCUUAUUCCUGUACUUGGUUGUGAUAGUGUCGGUUAAAGGAUCUCAUUUCAGUCAUGACGGUUCAUCUCACUUGAGCAUACAGGAUUACAAGUAUGGAAGCAAAGCCGAAUUUGAGAACGCAUUCAAUAAGUGGAUACAGACCAAAAUAGAUAUUUUUAGUUUGACGGAUUUGAUUGACGUGUUAUUAGUUAGAUUGGGUGUAAACAAUGUGGUGAGAUGUGAAAACACAGACGAACACCCAAUGUUGGAGGCUAUCAGAAACACUAGCAGAAAUUCAAAUCUGACGGACUUACUCAACAAUGAUCAGCUUAGAAACGAUCUGUUUCUGCCCAUUAUAUCAGUUGCAGCGAUGUCGCCAUUUGAAUUCAACCCAUGCUGCUCUGAAAAGCUGCGGGAAGAGUGUAUCAGGGCAAAGGAAAAGUUUGAUAGAAUGUCUCUGCGUCACAUUUAUGGAUCUGUUGAGGGAAAAUACAAUAGAUUAGCUGUUCCUAGACAUUUUGACAAGAUUAAACUUCUGGCGUAUGAUUCAGAGACAUUUACAAACAGAUUUAUGUGCGUCAACGAAUUCUCUCUGGAAAGAACUGUGCAUAUUGAUCAUGGCGAUAGAAAUAACGAGGAGAAUAGAAGAAAUAUUGGGUUAUCAGCGCUCAUGUUAUACAUUUUACAAGGAUAUAAUUUGGUCAGUAAAAACGAAAUAUGUCCAGGCACCCAUCUUCAAGCGAUAUACACACACUAUCGUUUAAGAGACAAUUUGCAAGCAACACAUGGUUUGACCUCAAUGAUCAGUGAUUUAAAAUGCGAUGCAUCGAAAGAAAACCAUCAACGUGAAACUCCCUCAUACAGACAAAAUUCACAUUCCCUGUCUGAAAUAUAUAGUGGAAUUGGCUCGGCAGACUUUAUUAAAAGAUAUGUUUAUUCAUCUGGCCAACGGAACCAAUUUCACGAUAUCGGGGAUAAUGGACACCCGCCUUUACUCCCGCCUUUUUCACGAACACCAAACUUGAACCCAGGAUUUCUUAACUAUGACUGGAAUAACAAAGGAAGCGAGUUCGUAAAUAGACAGUGUUUCGAUGAACGGUCUCUUCUCAGAGCGUUUAAUGUUGAGAAUACCAUUGGAGGUGUCAACAUAUCCAUGUCUGUGUUCCUAGACAUGUGCCCCGUGUUACUUUAUAAAGCAUUGUUUAGACCUUGUCAUCACCACAGUCAUUCAGCACACCGUCAGCACACUACAGUGUCCACUGUCCGAACGUCUUCCGACUCUUCAACAGACAUAUCUCUGGCAUCAAAUAUGACUUCAGUGUUAAACAAUACUAUAGAGGAAUCAAGCUCAACCCCUCGAUACAAAAGCUACCUGUACGGAUCGUUAUCAGUGCUUGUCAUAAGUCUUUGUAGCAUUGUCGGAGCAGGCUUCAUGAAGCUAUCCAGGGCAGACGUGAAAAUAUACAUGAUGGGGUCUAUGCUAUCACUUGCUGUUGGGUGUCUUGUCGCAGACGCCGCGCUUCAUUUACUGCCUGAGGUUAUUAUGGGAGAAGGUGACAUGGACGAGGAUGAUGAUGAGCUGAUGCCUGGACAUCUGAGGAAACUAUGUGCGUUCCUGGCCAGCAUAUACGCGUUCUUUGUUCUUGAGUUGUUACUUUCUAUUCGACAUACGCAUAGCCACGCUAUCAAUGUUGGGAAUGAACAAAUAAAGUCGAUUUCCGUGAAAUACGACAAGGAGGAUGAUACCAUUCGAGAAACAAACUUGAACCUAAUUUCCGUGAAAUACGGCAAGGAGGAUGAUACCAUUCGAGAAACAAACUUGAACCUAAAUAAUGUGUCGAUAAAAAAUAAUAUUCCAAAGACACUAAACAUAGACCAAGAAAAUAACACUCACAACACUAACAUACAAGCCACAAACAAUGAUCAACAAACUGACUCAACCACCCAAGUGCUUGAACCAGGGUUAUCCAAUCCAAUUCGUAUCCCGCCUCCUGAAUCAACUAGACAAUUGUUAGAGCAGCGGUGUUCAAGCAUAAGUGAUAGAAUAAGCAUUCAUGAUGCACAGUCUGGGGUUAAGGCACUGGCUUGGAUGAUUAUUAUCGGGGAUGGAAUUCACAAUUUUGCUGACGGACUUGCAGUAGGAGCUGCAUUUUCAUUAAAUUUUUCAAAGGGUAUUUCUACAUCAAUAACAGUACUCUGCCACGAGCUGCCACAUGAGCUAGGAGACUUUGCUAUACUCGUGUCAACUGGGAUGUCAAUCAAGAGAGCAAUGGUGUUAAACUUUGUGUCCAGUCUGACAGCAUUUGCUGGACUGUACUUGGGAUUGUCUCUCGGAGAGCAAGUCGAGGCCUCUCAGUGGAUAUUCGCUGUCGGCGCCGGAAUGUUUUUAUACGUUGCCCUGACUGAUCUGGUACCGGAAUGUAAGGAAUAUUUUAAAACAAAAUGCACAAUAAAAAUGUUUGUUGCACAAAACAUUGGUUUAUUGUUAGGAUAUGUCGCUAUGCUGCUACUUGCUAUGUAUGAAGACAAACUUGAAAUAAAAUCAUGAAGAUAAUUAUA